AUGAUCAUCAUCUUCCAUUUUAUUUACUGGUUUCUUAUCAGUAAUUACUCCAACCCGUUCGCUUUGGCCAAACCUGUAUGGAGCUUCAGAAUGAUUGUUGGAAUUACAGCGCUGUGCGACCUGCUCGUGAGAAUCAUGUACCUCAAGCGAGUGUGGAUCCUGAGUAAAGGAAAUAUUUUGAUUACAACGUGCAUUAUCUUGUUCGCUGUCAUAGACAUCAUUAGCGCACUUUUUGUUACAAUCAAACCGUACGAUUACAAGCUUACUCCUUGUGUAAAUGGAACAUCAUCGGAUGACACACGCUCUAGAUACGUGGAUUCGUCCGCAGCGGAUGCGGCGGCGGUUCGACGUUCUACUUCCGUCUCGAUUUAUGUCAAUUUCGCCGCCGUACUCGGUGCAGACCUCAUCAUCGCGCUGUCUCUAUCCUGGUACCUUUGGCAUGCGAGGACUGGUUUUAGAAGGACUGACACCUUGAUCAAAUUUCUAUUGGUUUAUGUCAUAGGCACUGGGUUACUGACCGUGGCGGUCAACGUUGUUACCGUUGGUAUCUACAUAGCUUUGCCGACGAACUAUACCUAUAUGGCCAUCUACUUGCUCUUGCCAAAGCUUUACAUGAAUAGUCUGCUCUAUAGCUUGAAUGCUCGCGACACGCUGAAGGGGAACACAGAUGGCAUCAUAUCCGUACAUCUAUCCCAGCUUCGAGGUUCAGCUCCCCAGAAAGAGACUUCUGGAGGAAACGGCGAUCAUGACUCCGACGUCGAGAGAGGCUCAGAUAUACCAACCUUCGACAUCAGUGCAAAAUGA